UGUCUGAGUCGUUGUUUUUUUGUCGUCGGGAGAUAAGUUACCUAAAUGAGCACAUGACAUUCUAAAAUGUAACAGAUUUACCGUAUUCUACCAGCCAGCUGUUUGUUCUCUACAUGUCCAAUCAAGCAAUAUUUUAAUCUCUGUCCAUUCGAGUUGCUUCCCAUUUCUGUCAAAUUCAUCCACCGAUCUCAUCUCAGCAACUUUGUAAGUCAACCUUGGAAGAUGAAAGUCAUUCUCGUAACCCUCCUGUGUCUGGCUGUGGGUGAGUCAUGAACUUAUUUCUUUAUAAUUUGUAACUAUUAUUUUACACGAAAGUCAGGUCAAGGCUUCUUUGACUCCUUUAACAUUGUAAAUGUUUCUGACAUUAUUCUCUUUAUGAAGCCUCCGCCGCCGUCCUUGACCUCAACAAGCAACGGCAACUUGGGGAAUGUGUUGAUCGUUGCACACCAGGGGUCGCUGAUUCCGGAUGUGCACACGGAUUUAUUUGUAUUUCUAUCGGUGGAUGUGGACAUGUUUGCCAAAUUUUAUUACGUAAGUUCUUUACGUUGGAUCUUAGUUUGAUGACAAUUGAGAUGAAAUUGAAAUGUCAAAUUAACAUUUUUAGAUUCAUUACUUGCCGAAAUUUGUGUAAAUGUGACCCCCCCCCCCCCCGGGGGGCGCCGUAAGCACACAGCGUUAACCCACGAACAGAACAAAAAUCAAACACGGCGCGGAGCUUCGUUGUACGCGUUAGUUUUGGCGGUCCGGGAUGUGGUCCCUGGCAGUGGUCCCUGGCAGUGGUCCCUGGCAGUGGUCCCUGGCAGUGGUCCCUGGCAGUGGUCCUUGGCAGUGGUCCCUGGCAGUGGUCCCUGGCAGUGGUCCCUGGCAGUGGUCCCUUGCAUCUGACCCUGGCAUUGGUCCCUGGCUGCUGUCCCUGGCAGCUGUCCCUGGCAGUGGUCUUUUGCUGUGGUCUCUGCCAGUGGUCCAUGGCAGUCGUGCCUGGCAGUGGUCUCUGGCAGUGGUCCCUGGCAGUGGUCCCUGGCAGUGGUCCCUGGCAGUGGUCCCUGGCAGUGGUCCCUGGCAGUGGUCCCUGGCAUCUUUCCCUGGAAGUGGUCCCUGGGAUCUGUCCAUGGCAGUGGUCCCUGGCAGUGGUCCCUGGCAGUUGUCCCUGGCAUCUGUCCCUAGCUGGUAAACGUUUUCAUACAAACAUACGCAUAAUGUUAUCAUGAAACAAAAUUGGACGAUCAUAGCGACACCACACUAGAUACCACGCUAGAUACCACGCUAGAUACCACGCUAGAUACCACGCUGGAUACCACCCUAGCCUUCUUUCAGUUAAGCCAAUCGCUUGACUCAUUAAAUGGGUUUAAUAUUAAUUACUAUUAUUGAUUUUGCGACAGGACUUAGAAAUGAUCCGCUCGCGCUAGCGCGCACACUCACACAGACACUCACACAGACACAUACACACACUCAUUCACCCAAGCACACGCGACCGCCCCCUCCACUUUCUCAAUCCAUGUACCCAACCAUACACACACACACAAACACACAGACACACUUUGGCUAUCAUCCACCAGUCAGCAUGUGCAAUGAAAUGUUAAUUGUAAAUAAAAAUGUUAUUGUUCUAACGUAAGAUAUGCAUCUUGCUAACACAAUUAAUUGCACAAAGUGACAAGUAAUUUUUUUUUUUAACACAGCUUUGCAGUUUCAUUUAGGUCACAUUUAGUUAAGCGCCAAUUGCUGGUCAAAUUGUCUAUUAUUAUUUACUUAAUUUAGGUCAAAUGUACGCACAACUAUGUAAACAGUAUCUACUAGCCUUUUACAUACAAUUAUUUUUUCCCAAUUGUGUGGAAUACAUCUUAUUAUAGAUGAUGAGAAGAUAACUCUGUUUAUACCCGGUUCCUUUUUAUUGCGUGACCGGGUGUUCACCAGGUGGGUAAAUUUUUGGCAUUUCCGGGUAUCCGAGUCAGUAUCUGGGUCACUAUCUGGGUCAGUAUCCGGGUCACUAUUUGAGUCAGCAUCCGGGUCAGUAUCAGGGUCAGUAUCCGAUUAAGUCCAAGUUCAUAUCACAAAAAUUGUUAUUCUCCAAAUAAUGUGUAAAGACCACUGAUAUCAAUCUUCUUUCUCCAGCUGGCAAGAGAGCCUCGUGUUUAGGGGCCAUGUGCAACGUUUGGUGCCCCUUUGGACACAAGGUCAAUGCUGACGGCUGUCCAGUGUGUGGCUGUAACGAGGCUCCUGUUGACAUUCUUGUGUAAAUCGCUCAUUUGUUGACUUUAUCAAACGAAAGUUAACAUGUGUUACACGUCCUGUCAAAUUAUAUUGGAGAUGCAAAUAAACAAAAAAAACGAUCUUUCUAAUUUCUUGACAUGUCUGACAUUGUGUUUGACACCCAGAACAUAGUAAUGACUCACGAAUAAGUGUAACCAUAUGUUUGGCAAGCAGCAUAUUUACAUAACUCAUGGA